AGUAAUCUGUCAAUAUUAUGUGUAUAUAUACUAGUUAGAGAGUGAGUUUGGAAACCCUCAGAAACCAUAACCCUAGCUGCUAUCACUUUUUCUGCGGCGGCUGAAAGAGCAAAAUGGAACAGGUUCAAUGCUUCGGUAGGAAGAAAAACGCCGUCGCGGUGACUCACUGCAAGAGAGGCCGCGGUCUCAUCAAGAUCAACGGUUCUCCGAUCGAACUCGUCCAGCCUGACAUUCUCCGUUUCAAGGCAUUCGAGCCAAUUCUCCUUCUCGGAAGACACCGUUUCGCCGGCGUUGAUAUGAGGAUCAGAGUGAAGGGAGGAGGUCACAUAUCUCGGAUCUAUGCUAUCAGGCAGAGUAUCGCGAAGGCGUUGGUGGCUUUCUAUCAGAAGUAUGUCGAUGAACAGAGUAAGAAGGAGAUCAAGGAUAUUCUUGUUCGAUAUGAUCGUACUCUUCUUGUUGCUGAUCCUAGACGCUGUGAGCCCAAGAAGUUUGGUGGGCGUGGUGCUCGUGCUAGGUUCCAGAAAUCUUAUCGUUAGAUUGUUUUAUCGCAUUUACUUGCUUAAUGUUUUUGCUAGUACUCUAUGAAGUUGCUGUCACUUUUUAAUUGGGGUUUCAUUUUGAAUUCGAUUAUCAAAGAUUUUGGUUAUGUUGUUUUAAUUUAUAUUAAUAGAUACAUUUCGACUUGAA